GAAGUUCGAUUCCAACUUCAUAACUGAUCAAAUAUGCGUUGAUAUAACAAUAAAAUUCCUUUCCAAAAUGUAUAUUCAACCAAUGCAUUUUGAAUAAUCGGACGCCUCUGAUCACCAUGGAGUCCGAUAAGCGAGCGACUACUGUAGUAAUGUAUUGUAAAUAUAUUGCAUCACAACACAACCAGCGUUUUUGCUUAUUCGUACAGAAAAAUGUGGCCACUUAUUUUACAAUUUCUACGAUCAAAUGCCACCUACAUCACACUACCGAUCGCAGGCAUCGUUGGAGUCAUCGGGUACAAUAUUGAAAGCUUGCUGUCCGAUAAAUACACGCCUUACAGUGGAUCCAUCGAUGAUAAACGAGCCGAACGUAUCACUGACGACGAACGGCUAAAGAAUGCCACGAACGUGCCGAAGUUGGUGUACCAAGAAAAUGUCCUUGGGAGGAAUUUGUCACCCUCUUUGCAAGGGAAAAAUUGAACAUAAUUAUUGAUAUAUUAUUGAUUGUGUUAAAUAUUAUUUAGGGUCAUUCGAAGAGUU